AACAAUAUAAGCGUACGCGCACAUCACAAUGAUAAUAUGACGAAAAUCAAUCCCGUCAUAGCUAUAGCUCGUCAUUAUCCUCACGUCUGUCAUACAUAUUGAUCUUGUUGAUCAACAUACGAACACGUCAUCGACAUUUUGAUCGUCGAUUUUUCUAUGAUGAAGAACAAUGAGGGAAUGGCCUGUGCGUGCUGCUGCUGGCGUCCUUUGGAAAUAUAAGGUUUGUCUCCUACCUUGAGUUUGAAGGCUUCGUUGCGCUGGUAAACCGUGACUGCGAGCUGCAGAGCACGACUCAGAGAGGCAUACUCAGUCGUAGCGGAAUCUCGCUUCGAUACACAACACGCGAGUUGCAACGACUCGGUGCCGUCAUCGUCCUUAAAGAAGGCAGCAGGCGGCAAAUAAGAUGUCGACGACAACGAUGCAUAUGCGGCACGCGCAAAACGACGAGACGGAUGGACCGGCUGCAUCACGAGCAUGUCAGUACCGGUAUCGUUAUUCAUAUCGUGCCUCUGACGACGAGCAGCAAAGAGGAAGUCCGCUCCAGGACGACGCACGAGCGCCACAAAGUCAAAGUUCGCCAUCGUCAUCAUCCUGUCCGACAAUGGCGAAAUCUUCCUUGGGUAGCUCUUACAGGUUCUAUGGCGCGUCCGCCGAUAGAAGUAGCACAGGUACAGAGUCAUGUAGGAGGCGGGAGCGUAAGAAGCAGAGGCGCCAAAUACCAUGCGCAACAAUCACUAGGGGACCAAGUGAUAACCAGAAGGCAAAAGCAACAAUAAAGACCGCAGGCAACAUUAGGACGAGUAAAAAGCGUUUCUACUCAGCCCUCGUCGCUAUAGGAGCCGCAACAUCGAUGCUAGGUACAGGUGUCACCUUCGUGUCUGCUGGGAGUUCAGUGGCCAUACAGGCCACCGCUGACAUGGGACCAUGCACCUGUGACGUCACAGCUUACGAAUGCGACCCACACUGUUGUUGUGACACGGACUGUACGGCGGCGAUAAAAACGGGUUUCGACUGCCUGCCAAACGGACCUUCAAAUGCUCUGGAUACCCAAUUCGCGUGCUACUCGAAAAGCUACGUGCAAGAAGUGAAUCCCAGGUAGAUACUAUGGAGGACGCUCGUGAGCAUGGGCUAGCACCAGUUCCAGUAGACGUGGUUUUCGUUGAUGUUAUCGCCGCAUAAGUAAGCGUAGUCAGUGUCUAGUAUUUUGAUAUCGUCGCACAACACUACAUAGUUUACAACGAAUUCCACCUGAUCCAGGGCGGAUAUGUCGGUAUUACAGGAUGACUUGCGCAAUUUACUUUGUGUGCACGUGGACAACAGCGCCGCGGAUGGGCGUUACUUCUCUUCAUCUGCGAGUCACUCUCAUGCCCAGUACACUUCCGAAAUUUCUGCGCGCUCUCUCACUUCCUUUCCGGCACUUACAGCAGACUAUCUCGACACAACUGCGGGUAACACCGGAUAUGUGGUAGGCAAUCUUCUUAAGAUCCAGCAAGUUUGGUCCACAGCCGCGACGCCAAACACAAUCGCACAAUUGACGAGUGCGGGAGCGCUGCAGUCGGGGUCGAACACGCAGCAGAAGAACAGGGAGUUCAAAGUACUUAAGACUUGUCCCUUAUCUUCUUCAACAACUUCAUGUUGUUGUUUUAAUAGAAGUGACUAGUCAACAGUGUUGAUUCAUCUUGAGCAGAUUCCGCGACCCCCGAUCUAGAAUCCGAGAAGCUCUCACCAAUCAUAAAGUUAAAGACUGAAACUCAAUAGAGCUGCUACUAGGCAGUAGGUUCAGGCAAUGCGAACAACAACUCUCGUCAGAUCUCUCUUCCCGACGCCAGCGGACGGUGCAGUGAGCAACCAGUCGCCUUUCUCAUGGAUGUGCCCAGAACAAAAUGCCGCAUUCAGAGUGUAGAUCUGAGUACUGCGUGCGCCGCGGGAGGGAACCUGAACGCACAACAAGUCCUUUCGUUUGCUGUCCAAGCACAGAAUCUCUAUGCAGCAUCAGCAGAUGAUGCGUCCGCAACCUGUGUUGCCGGUACCACAUGCAUUUUUGCGACGUCAUCAGUCGAGGGAUGUUCCUCAAACACUUUCCGGAAGCCCACGUUUACCGGUACAACGCUAACAGCCGCCCUUGCUGGUGUUGCGUGUAGUCUGAGCGCAGAGCAACAGAAAAAGGGCGUUGCAUCGGUAUUUUCACCUUGGUCGUGCGGAGGUCCUUUUGUCUUUGUCGUGGUGCGUGUUUGCCAAUCAGAAGUAAUAAGGAGGAUGCAUUUUCAAAUUCAUCAACCUAUCACACGAUCAUCAUCAUCAUGAUCAUCUAUUAAGCGCGCGGUUGUACACGACAUCGUAUAUGGCGAUCCUUUCUCCUUCAUCGUCUGCUUAACAGAACUACACGUCGACUUCUUGCACAUGCUCUAACGCGGUUAUCGGAGCUCAUUACACGGUCCGCUAUCAAGCCAGUGCUACAGCCACGAAAAACGAGAUUACGCAAGUCGCUGUUGCAUUCGAGUAUGCCGAUAUUGUAGCAGGAAGUGCCGGCGCCUGCUCUACGACGGUGUCUAUUCUUUAGGACGUGGUGCUGGACGUCGCUCUCGCUGGCAAUGUGAUUAUCAAACUCACUUGAUAUUGUCCCAUACGACUACUUCCACCUCUGUCUUGCUCACUUCGACUUGAUGAACAGGAGUUGCUUGUUCUUGCCUAAUGAUCUACUACUUGUCCAUUUUUUUUAUCACCCAAUCAGGACGUAGUGUUUUCGUCUUCGGUUACUUUUGUUCCCGAUGCCGCUACGACCAGUGCCGCAAAGAGUGGAAAUCCGGGGUAUCGUUUCGGAUACCCCCUUCUGUUCGAAAAGUGUGGGGUCUCGUCGUCAGGAGGCUCUUGCACACAAUUUACCACGACUGCCGAUCCGAAGCUUCCAGGUAUAUCACUCGGAGAAUGCAUGAUCAAAAACGCGGCGACGGAUGCGCAAACCUAUCAGCAACAAGGUGUUUCUGUGAAUUUUGGAGAGGACACAGUUGCGGGGUGCCAUCUCGCAAUGACAGCCUCUGAACUGGCAACUUUUUGCACGGGAACAUGUACCAUGACUUUUUUUGGAAAGAAAAAAGGAUUUUGAUUGAAAUGGUCUACUUGCACUUCUUGUUCAAACAUAUGAGCCUAACGCACGAUGGGUUCGAAACAAGAGCAUCCUUUUCGGACUCAUCUACUAUGGUUGUUGACCCAUACUCAGCCGUUCUCACUUUGUUUGAUCCGGUUCCGGCUACUGGCAGUGGGGGAUCGCAGCAAACAUACAAGUUCGGAUUUUCGCACGUUGGCGUUUGGGGUUCUUCUGACCGAAGCAACAUGAACGAUUACCUCCCAAUAACGGACCUUUCCGACGCCACAACGACAGGAAGUUGCAGCAAAAUUCAGUCUGUUUCCUAUUCCUUCGCCUACGCGCCUUUCGGUGAGGUCAACAACCCACAAUACAAAAUCACUGGCGCAUUCGGACAGAGACAAUUCGUAUUUUUGAGCUGGUCGAUAUGCUCAUGCUUAGUUGUAGAUUUCGAUUUGGAUUCUUGAGAUUGAAAAUUCUAAGAGGUUUGUGUGAGAGCAGCUACAGCAUCCAUCUGAUAGCGUCUGUGGUCCGAUUACCUAAGCAUAGGGAAUCAUGUCUGGUGCUCAAAUCCGAAGACUUCGGCUUGCAGAGCCAUUGUUGCAGGCCUUCUACAGUUUUCUUAUAUUUUUCCGAACUUAGGAAUUUGAGUUUCAUUGAAGAUUUGGGAAGAUUUGAGAAACAUGUGUUAUUCUAAGUGCACUUUUGCUUUUCAUUUUCUUGUUCUCGUCUAUGUCUCCAGGUGAAUCUGGUCCACACAUUACCGGAUCCGUCACAGAAACAGAUUUUUCCGUUUUUUGUGAAGACGCACUUCGUCAAACAAGCGGAUCAGACGGAAUUGGACAUCAAUAUUCCACCACGACCGGAGCUGCCCGUAUAUUUGCCAGCUGACGUUUUCUACCCUCUCAGACUCUUCGAUAACAGCGCUCCUCGCCGAACAGGAGGGCACUUGGCGAUGCUACUGCUGCCGCUCGUUGCGGGCUUGGCAUUUUCUGGAUUUGAAAGGGGAAAUGGAGGUAGGUUGCGCUAGGGCGUCGGCAACCCGAAGCAAAAUGUUGUAGCAAGAAAUUUCGAUGCUGGAUAUUGCUAAGAUACUCUCGAUCCUUGUCCACCCGUACCCCAUGAGCAAUUGUAAAAUAUUUUUUGGCUUCAAAAUCUCAAUUUCAAACCAUGGCAGUCAUAAUUCUAAUCGUGCAAAUUCGUGCACUUAUACUACUGCAGUUCGAGGACAAAAAUAGUGGACACUGAGAAAGUUCGGCUGAUUCCUUUGUAUAAAAGUCACGCUUGAUAUUCAGUCCUUGUAUGAGUGACUAGUCAAUGAAAUAUCAAAUCUUGUGGCGCUGACGCCAAAUAGUAAAUCUAAAUGUACGUGGUCAUGGCCAUGGGUUCAUCUGGAAGUAAAAAGUGAUGACACGACGACGACGACCAUGCUGGUAAAAAAAAUGUGACUCUCACGUUAAAAAUGUGGCAAGCUGCUUUCCCUAAAUUUUAACUGCCACGACCAU